AUUGCAUCCCCAUCAUUGCCUGCAUGCAGGGAGGAGGAGAAAGUGCGUUUUUGCAUCACAAAGGCAAAAAUUGAGUGAAGAUUUGUAUUUUUCACUGUGUGCUCUACCCACUUUCGGAGUUGAAGUUGCUUUUUGUGUGUUGAAUUUCCCUAAAAAGGAAAAGUUGUUAGUUACAAGUAGCAGCAACACCAUGGCCAAGGUAAUCACUCAGGAGACCUUUGACGACGUGGUCAAGGAGAAUAUCAUUGAAUUUUCCAUGUCGGUGGAGGAAUCCCGAACGGAAACGGUCCAACAGUUCGAGGCCCAGGGCAUUAAUCUGGCCAACAUCAUCCAAGAUCUGAACGUAAACCCGGAAACGGGCGUUCCGCUGCUGAACGAAGCGGUCGAAUAUCUGCGGUCCACCGAGCUGACCUCUGCUGCGAACAAGGAGCAGAUUUGUGGCCAUCUGGCCAUCGUCGUGGAGGAGUGCAAGUUGUCGGUGCCUCACCGCGUGUUGGCGGCCAAGCUGGGCGCUUAUGAGCUAAUUGUGGGCACGCUCGAAAAGGAAACUGCCCUGGAUAAGGAGGUGCUGGCGAAGCUGGUGGCGGCCGCGAAUGCAAUCAUCAACAAGCAGCCGGACGUUUUCAGCAGCAAGUCGCUUGAGGUUGCGAUUAGAUUGUUGCAAUCUGAGUCCGGUGACGAUGCCGUCACGUGCGAUUUGCUACGAUGGCUCCAGAAGGCUUGCAUUCUGCACGAGAUGAACCGCCAGACGAUCAUGGACGAUGGCCGCGUGGUGAAACAGUUCAAGCGUCUUAUCGAGAACAAUGAUUCUGAGGUGGUGAAGCAGGCGUGCGCACUGUUCCGCUUUCUCAUCCUGGACGAUGACAUUCGGGUGGAGUUUGGCAAGGCCCACGAGCAUGCCCGAACGAUGGCUAACGAAAUGCUGCCGGACAUUACCAAGUUGCUGUUCAAGUUCAACUCGAACCAGGACCUCAUCAGCGACCUCUUUCUCACCAUCGCUUCCCUCACGGUCCGCAACGAGUUCUGCCAGGUGGUCGAGGAGGCCGGCGGUCUCAAGUUCAUCAUGGACGCCAUGGUCGAGUUCCCCGACUCGAUCAAACUGCUGCGCGAGGCCUGCAAACUGCUGAAAGCCCUCGCCGGAAACGACACCGUCAAGCUGCACAUCAUCCAGCAAGGAGCCGCCCCCCUGCUCGAGUCUUGCCUGAAUCGCUACAAGGACAACGAAACGUUCGCGCGGCACGCCCUAGCUUGCGUGACCGCACUGGCCUUGCGCGAAAAGAACAACGCCCAGGCCCUGUUCGAAACCGGAAUCGCCGAAACGAUCGUUCAGACGAUGAAGAUCCACGCGGCCAGCAAGGUCAUCCAGCGGAACGGGGCAUGGGCGAUUCGGAACAUGGUGUCGCGGUCCCGCGAGCAGUGCGACGCGUUCCUGACCCACGGCGCCGAGGAUGUGCUCAACGCGGCUCUGACCGAUCAUCCCUCGAUUGCGCACGACGUCAAGUCGGCGUUGCGUGACCUCGGCUGUAAGGUGCACUUGAAUGAAGAGUGGAAGGCGCACUCGGAUAUUCAGAUCCAGAACGAGGAGGUGGCAGCUUGAAGCGUGCAGUUGGUUUCGGGAGAGAAGACUUUAUUUUGCUUUCCAGCACGUUAACCGUACCACACAAAAAGAUGAUGACACUGCCGGAAGCAUACUACUUUUGCAUGCUAUUAAUAUUUAAUAAACAUGUGUCAAUUACAGGUGGGCAUAAAAAGAGCGAGCCGCUCAAAGAGCCGGUUCAUUAAAAAGAGCGAACGAACCAUGGCUCACAAAAAAAGAACCGCGGUUCUUUUUUAAACUACGGUCUUCUGAAAGAUGGAAUGAUUUUUAAACUUGUUAUAAAUAAUUAUUGAAUUUCGAACAAAUUGCAUCAUAAAAUUUGUUUUUGGCAUUGAAAAUGCAAUUUUAAAUUGAAAAAUAAUUGCUUAUAAACAUUAAUCCCAAAAAAGCAUUGCUGCCAAACAACACUUAACAGUUUAAAUCUCAUUUACUGUUUCCUACUUUUCUUUGAAAUUCCAAAAGUAUUACCAAUAAUCUACUGAAUAGCUGAGAGAUUAUGGAAAAUAUAAUUCUGUUGCCUGUUUAAACUUCAGCGUUUAUAGACUUCAUCGAUUGAAUCAGAAUUCAGAAAAGAGUUCGCAGAACAUUUUCUCCAAAUAAAAUGUCAGCAUAAGUUCAAUUUUAGCAAAAACAAACGCAAAUGAUUUAUAAAAGUCCAAUGUGAAAUAACUUUAAAAAUUACAUCAUCCUUAAAAAUAACCAUUUUAUCAAAAUUUUGAAAAAGAGCGAAAGA